UGCGUUCAGCAGAUUUCUCCCCUGGACUCUGAGGAGGGAAACAGGAUGGACUUCACUUAUGUUUGGCUCCUCGCCGCCACGCUGAUGUUCCACCAGUAUCAAGCCUCCACCUUCUCUGUUACAAGCCCUACAGCAGAGGAGGGCCCCCAGGCGCAGCUCCCCCACGCGGCCCACCGGCGAGAGAAACGCUGCUCCUGCGAGAACCAGAAAGACAAGGAGUGCAUUUUUUUCUGCCACAUUGGCAUCGUCUGGGUCAACACCCCGAGCCACGUGGUUCCUUAUGGAUUCGGAUCGGUGCGACUCAGGAGGGAGCUCAGCCGCUGCCUCUGCACGGAUACACGGGACGCCGGGUGUAUCAGCUUCUGCUCUGUCCGGACACAAACACAAGGGGAAAAUGCUGUGGUGAAGAGGAAGACCGACAAACAACUGAAGAGAUACAGAGCUGCAUUCUGGGAAAAAAGGAGCCGACAUGCACUCAAGCACCAGACCUGAGGGAGAGGAGUCCAGUCGGCAGUAUCACCUGCUCUUCUGAGAGGAAGUCCAUCAUGUAUCAGAAAUAACAAACAUGGACCCUUUUGUUCGUCCGACUGCCCUCAUGGCGGUUUGGACCUGUACAGUGUGUUAAUGUAAAUGUAACGAUGGUGAAAUAUUAGGUAGGAAAACUGACAAGCUCAUCCUUUCAACAUUUGGCUGAUGUCUGGAUCCAAAGCAGCACAAGCAGGAGUUCAGAGUCCUGCUCAGACACUUCAACUUUCAGGGAGGUGAAGGAGUUGAACCCGUGACCUUUCAGUUACCUGAUGAUCUCAGCUGAUUUGUAGCACUGAGGGAUGGGAAAACUUUCAGAGGUUAAGUUACACAGCCUUGGGGGAAAAGGCACAGAAAUUUACAGCGCUUCGCUGUUUAAAUUCUAAAUUCUUCCUGUGAAUAGUUGGCCAACCUUAAGCUCUGGUGCUGUGGCCUGAAAACCUCACAUCUCCAAAAUUGAGAGAGGGCUGUGAAAAAGCAUCAUGAAAAAUAACUAAAAGGAAUUUUUUCAUAUAACUUUAUCUUAUUAUGCCUUUUUUUCUUGAAACAGUACAACUUUAUUUGUAAAAUCGAAUGUAUUUUUUCCAUAGCAGGCCUCUACACUCUGUCAUCA